AUGCCUUGUGAGAAGGACAUUUGCAAUGGAGUGUCGUGCUCGCAAUCCAUUAGAGUGUCAAGCCACCCUCGUGUAGGCCCAGAUUGGCCAUUUGGAUGCUUAUCUGGCCAUGCAUCGGCUAGCUCAAAAGAGAGCAAGGAGACGGAGGCAGCGCAGAUGGUGGAUCAGGUCGGGGCAUCGAACACAAUUACAGCUAAAGAAGAAGCCAAAGAAGAAGAUAGCAAAUAUGAGCCGAAUAACAAUAACUGGACGGAAGUAAACAACUAUGGGGGUGUUUCUCCGCAUAGCUUAGUCGUUCAAAGUGAACGAGGCCAUGAGCUGAACGAGGAAACGAGAAAAUACAAUGAUGUAUACAAAACAACUGCUGAUACCCUCACGUCGUUUUCGGCAAUCGGAUCGAUUUUUGAACAUAUCGAUACAAACUUUGCCAGCGCAUUCCAUAACGUGCCCGAGACAAACUUCGGCAGAGCAUUCCACAACUUCGGCGGGUCCAUGCAAAACAUGAAUCAAAUCAAGUUUACCGAUGUGACAAAUAAUAGUAAUCGUCAUAUAUAUUUUGCUCUCGAUGACGUACGUUAUGACACCAAAGACGGAUCGUUGAAUGUUCAGGACCCGAGAACAUCACCCAUGGAUUGUUCAAUGUCAUAUAACGAAGGAAUGUACGCUAACAGAACACCAAUUUACAACAAAGGAAAAUUAUUCCGAUGUCAUGAAUGCGGAAAAAUGUUUAAACGUUCGUCUACGCUGAACACGCACCUGCUGAUCCACAGCGACACGAGGCCGUAUCCCUGCUCCUACUGCGGCAAACGGUUCCACCAGAAGUCAGACAUGAAGAAACAUACGUACAUCCACACAGGUGAAAAACCUCAUAGGUGUUCUGUAUGCGACAAACGUUUCAGUCAGUCCUCCAACCUGAUCACACACAGCCGGAAACACACGGGGUUCACUCCCUUUACCUGUCCUACGUGCGGCAGGGUAUUCCAACGAAAACUUGACCUAACGAAACACUGCGAGAAGGCGCAAUGUUUGAGUUGA